AUGCCGCCUCUCAGAACGCGUUUCGGCGCUCUUGCGCUGGCCACAACACUUUUAUCUCUUCAGUCACUGGCCUCGCCAAUCGAUUCUUACGACUACAUCAUCGUUGGCGCAGGGACAAGUGGACUUCUCUUGGCCAAUCGCCUGACCGAAGACGCUAGCCUCAACGUUGCAGUCAUUGAUCCUGGUGCCGAUGAGCGGAACAACUUGGACGUUGCCAAUCCGCUGGCAUGGCUGACGCUGGGCGGGACUUCUGUUGACUGGAAUUACUCGACUAUCCCCCAGGGAUAUCUUGAUGACAGGAGUCUCACAUACGUAGCAGGCAAGGGGAUAGGUGGGACCAGCUUAAUAAAUGGGAUGACGUAUAUUCGAGGAGAUGGAGCUCAAUUCGAUGCCUGGGAGGAUCUCUACCCCGGAUCAGGAUGGAAUUGGGAUACCAUGUUACCGUAUUUCAAGAAGGUUGAGCGAUUCUUCCCCCCUUCGCCGUGGCAGGAGGCUGUCGGCGCAGUAUAUGAAGAGGAAUACCAUGGGUCUUCAGGAGAGAUUGACGUCAGCUUCAACCCGGUCCUGCUCAAUGGAUCUUUUUACGGAGACGCAAAGGCAACUUGGGCAAAUCUCGGGCAACAUCUCGACAAAGAUGUGAAUAGCGGACACACGGCUGGAUUCGACGUUUGGCCACAGACUAUAGAUCCAGUCAAGAAGACGCGAUGCGACGCCGCCACGGCGUUUUACUGGCCUGUACAGGAUAGGCCGAACCUGACGUUAAUCAACGGCACAGUUUCUAGGAUUCUGUGGAAGGCUGGCACUGUCAGGACACCUGAUGCGUAUGGAGUUGAGUACAUAAUGCCGAAUGGGCAGAACAAGUCUGUGAAGGCUGUGAGAGAAGUCAUCUUGUCUGCAGGUGCUCUACGUACGCCCCUUAUUCUUGAGCUCUCCGGUAUCGGUAACCCAAAAAUCUUGAAGGAAUUGGACAUUGAGACGGUUGUUGAUCUACCGGGCGUGGGAGAAAACAUGAUUGAUCAGCCCAACUCCGCCCUGUCCUACUCGACCAACACCACAUUCUUCGGAUACGCACCAUAUGCUACAUUUGUUAAUGCAACUUCUCUUUUCGGGAAGAACUUGAGAGCUAUCUCUGAUAUGGUCAAGCUCUCCCUACCGUACUGGGCACUGCAGAUUGAGUGGCAGACAAAGAAAGCUUUAAAAGCCUCGGCAGUCGAGGAACUACUUCGAAUCCAAUACGAUUUAAUCUUUGAAAAGGACGUGACCAUUGGUGAAAUCCUAUCUACCGCAAGCGGCACUGGCACUUUUUCGGCGUACUGGUGUACUCUGCCUUUCAGCCGUGGGAGUGUCCACCUCAACUCGACCGACGACAUCAACAGACCCGACAUCAACCCGAGAUUCAUGUCUUUUGGCCUUGACAUGCUUGUUCAAGUCACCCUCGGACGCCUUGCCGCAGCGUUCUGGCAAACCCCGCCCAUGUCUACCAGUAUCAAGACUCAGCGGCAGCAAGGAAUGCCUUCACUAGACGAUCAAUGGAACGAAUGGAGGGAGUUUACAGAAACCACCAUGAUAUCGAACUCGCACCCCAUCGGGACGGCGGCGAUGCUUCCGAGAAGACUUGGCGGAGUUGUCGAUCCGAAGCUUCGCGUGUAUGGCACGAAAAAUGUGCGCGUGGUGGAUGCUUCUGUGAUACCGUUGCAGAUCAGCGGACACCUUACUGCGACGCUGUAUGCCAUUGCGGAGAGGGCGGCGGCGGAAUUUAUUCUUCCAGCUCGUUAUGCUGUGUGA